CUCUUUAAAAUUUAGUAUGAACAUUGGUCUUAUAUCUUAUCCACUAAAUCUUUUUCUGUUAGGUGGAGACCUGUACCAGGAGAAUCUUAUUUUUUUUCUAUAUGGAAACAACUUUUUAAGGAAAACAUGGGAGAAAUUCAUAGAACCUUGCUUUGCCAAGGCCCGGUGGAAAUUAGGAGCUACAUCGAAAAGAAGAAAAGAUAUUUAUCCUUAUUUAAUGAUGUUUUGGUUGUGUCUAGCAACCUGAAAAAGAAAAAAUUUAAGAUAAAAUAUAUUUUGCCACUGAAUAAGUUGUGGGCCUUGGAUGGUGUGGUCUUUUACAGAAAAAAGGAAAACCAUAGUUCCAAGACCCUUUACCUCACAUGGCCCACUGGAAAUCUUCAUGCCAUCUUUCGUUCGAAAGAACAGAAAGAGCAAUGGUAUUAUUUUCUGAAAAGAGCCAUUGAUAAAGCCAAGAAGGGUAUCAAGAAAUCUUUCUCACUGCAGAUAUUCACUGAGGACAUCCCAACCUGCGACAGU